AAGAGUCAGCGUUCCGUUAGCCGGAACAGCGUUUCCCUCGCCGCAACCAGACCUAACCCAUCGUCGAUCUUUGUCGCUUGUGCUCUGUCACGUCUGUUCGAACAAGGGAGGAGGAGGAGAGGCGGCAGUUCCCCACGCGAACGGUCUAUUAGGAGCAACAUCGAUGAUCACAAGUCAUAUGGGAGGCCCAAAUCAAGCAGUUUCAGGAAACGAUCUCGAGACCAGUUUGAUAAUGCGAAAAGGAAGAGGCAUAAUUCUAGCCAUGGUCGUGGUUCUACGACAACUAAACCUAUUGAUACUAUUUAUCGCAUACUUUGUCCUGUGAAAAAGAUUGGUAGUGUUCUUGGGAAAGGAGGUGAAAUCUCAGAGGUACGACCCAUGCAAAGAUAAGGGUUGCAGAUGCUGUUCCCGGGGUAGAGGAGAGAGUAGUUAUGAUCUUUUGUUACCUGUGGCAAUCUGAAAGAAAUGAUUCUGAUGAGGAUCCCUAUGAUAAUGAUGGAAUUGAGUUAGAGGAUAUGCGUGCCCGUUGUCCUGCACAAGAUGCUUUACUGAAGAUCCACUAUUGGAUUGCUGCAGAUGAGAUUCUACUAGGUGGUGUGAUACAAGAAAAUACUGAACCUGAUGAUGUUGUUGCUACUCGAAUUUGGUUCGCCAAGAAUCAAGUUGGGUGUCUUCUCGGCAAGGGUGGCACAAUUAUUCAGUAACUUAUUGGUGAUACUGGUGCAAAUAUUCGCAUAUUGUCUUCGGAUCGCUUUCCACCUUGUGCCAGGAACAGUGAUGAACUAGUACAGAUCUCUGAAGGACCUGCCAGCAUCGGAAAUCAAAGCCUCCCCAAACCAACUCGAAGAAUCAAAAGAACAAGCAGCAAGUUGAAGCUGGAGAGGAGGAUUUCACCCUGAUGCGUUUUCCUAGUCGUUCGAAGCAAGUCCAGCAAAAUUCAGAAAAAAGGUGAUGAUGAGCCCGCCAUACCCCACCUCCCGGGUGUCACGUGCCAAACCUCUUUGGUCAUAUUAUGCCAUCGAGUCAAAGGGUCAUUGGAGCCAUGCCGGAGUUUAGCUUGUAAUUGUUGAAUCAGGUCACCACUGCUGACCCACUUACUUUCAGAGGAUAUGAUGAUAACCUUCGCUUUAAGAGUUUUGUUCGUGUCAUCCCACUUUCCUCACCACAAAGCAGCAGUUCGUCAUCGUGCUCGCUGCAACGCACAUUACCACCACCCCACCCUCAUAAAUGAACACCAGCAGUCUCCCCCUUGCAUUCCUCCGAGUGAUUGGCCUGCAAGCUCCCAGCGAACCAGUUUCUCAUCUCUCUUGACAUGGCCAAACCUCCCAAGAAUAGGCUGUGAUGUUUGUCUUCCAUGUCUCCGCCUUCCUCGUCCUCCUCCACCUCGUCACCUUCCUCCUUACCAAGCUGUUCACCUUCCUCCUUGAAAGAGUUGCCGCUUCGACAGACCAAAGGAAUUCGCAGCUCAUCAGCGAAGAUGAGAUCAAGCCCAUAACAACGUACGAGUGCUACUCUGAUGUCGAAGAGUUAGCUGCCAGCAUCUUUGGCAGGGAAGACGGCCUACUGUUUUUCUACAACGAAAGCAUCACUGCUGAUACCCCACUUCUCGAAGAAGCAAAAGACUUCGAUGAGCGACACGCCUUCAAAGUCGACGAAAGCUUUGUCGCAGAAUCCCCUCUGGAAGACCAUGAAGGUCUCGGGCUCGAGCAUGGCGAUGUUGUGGCGAUCGUCGACCUAAAACCAUCGAAUCAUCCACCUUCAAUCAUAUCUAAUGGGCCUCUAAAAGAUGAAGAUACGGGUGGGGAUGCGCUCCACAGAAAUGAAGAUGAGAAGCAGCAGGAGUUGUCAAAGAAAGAGAAACUCUUCAUCGUCGACCGAACCCAUUCUGUCGACAGCAAAAGGUUGCAGCUGGAGGAGGACACGUUCGGUGGUUCUCUCACAGGUGCAUCGACAUCCAAGAGCUCUAUGGAGUGGAGAAGCUCCACGAUCUUCAGGGACUCGGAGACAGAAUGCCCCUUCUCCUCCUCAUCACGCAGGAGCUCUUCCAACUGGGAAACGUACACCUUGUUCCGCAAGUACGACGAGGAGAUGAUGUUCUUCGAUAGAAUCAGCGCACAAAAGCUGACGGAAACAGAAUUGUUUACAUCGAUGAAGUUCCAACCAAGAUCAACCUCGCAAAGGAUAGCUCACAUAUUUACAACACACAAGAACAGGGGAAGCAGGGAUCCGUAUCAAGAACUGGAGGGUGCUUAUGUGUCUCAGAUUUGCCUCGCAUGGGAAGCUCUUAACUGGAAUUACACCAACUUCCGGCGAAGGAUUGCCAAGGGAUCAGACAGCGAAAGCUCUUCUUGCACCGCAUGGAUAGCUCAGCAAUUCCAACAGUUCCAGGUCCUCUUGCAGCGAUUCAUAGAAAAUGAGCCUUAUGAGCGCGGUCGGAGGCCCCAAGUCUUCGCUUGGAAGCGGAUUUCUUCUCCAAAGUUGCUCCAAGUUCCUGAGUUCCGAGACACAGAAGCAGAUGAAGGUAAAGAAGAAAUGAUCUCAUCCACCGAGUUCUUGGCGAUUCUCGAAGAUGCGAUUCGAACCUUCAUGAACUUCCUCAAGGCAGACACGACGAAUCCUUGCCAAAUGCUCAAAGCUUUCUUCAAGACAAAGCCCAGUUCGGUGGAUCCAAAUCUUCUUCGUCUUCUCAAAAGAACUAAUAAGAAAAACAAGACGAGGCUUAAGGAUCUCUCGAAGCGAAGAAGGUGUCUGACGAAGAAGAAGCGAAAAGGAGAAGAGGAUAUGGAGAUAUUGAUGGGUCUAAUAGACAUGAAGAUCGUGUCCAGAGUCCUAAGGAUGCCUGAGAUCAGCCAAGAGCAGCUGCGGUGGUGCGAGGAGAAGAUGAGCAAAGUGAAAAUAUGGGACGGCAAAAUCCAAAGAGAUUCGUCCCCACUUUUCUUCUUCCCUGUUCGCUGACUCCAACGUCGCCAGCGUCGUGUAAUCUGCUUUGCUUUAGGUUGCCUGAUGACUAGAUAAAGCGCCUGGAUAUACAUGAGAACAUGCAUCCCACCCUGACCUUGUCACUGCAAAGACAGAGACAGGUGCCCACAGUUGGACAUGGGUGCAUGCAUGUUGGUGUGACUUGGAGAUCGAGGUUUUGGGAUGCAAUGUUGGGUAGAAAAAGGAGAAAAGUGUUUAGGGA